GGACAGGUAUAUAGUUUAUUUUUAGAGUGGACGUCGAACGUUUUUUUUUUUCUGAGACUGUUGAUUAUUCUAAGGAGUACUGAGCACUAUGAAUGUAUCUCCAAAACGAACCAAAGUUGAAAAUGGCCUCACACAUCCAGAUAUUGCAAAUGGUAACACCGUAUAUUUUGACAGACUUCCAGAUGAUGAAUUACUUGAAAUCAUCUUUGCCCAGCUUCCAGUUGAAUCCCUAAACAGCAUAUGCAACAGAGUUUGCAAGAGAUUUAACAGAAUUAUUUCGUCAGAGAGGUUUGUUCCCUGGAAGAAGAAGUAUCACAGACUAAAGAGGAUGUUGAUAAACCCAGUGAUAUUUCUGAUUGAUAUGGGUAGCCCUGCUGAUUACCUUGUCAAGCUUAUUAGAUACAUGAAAGAAUUUAAACCAAUUACAGCAGGAAAUAUGAUUCAGUGUUUAGAGAGGCACAACAAAUAUAACUGGGCAAAAGCACUGAUGGAAGAAAGAGUCACUGACUGUUUAUUGAAUGAGGAGCCCAACCCUUGGUGCUGUAUCACAGUCCUAGUAAUUAUAUCACAGACAGUGUAUGACAUCCAGGAGAUAAUCCAGUGUCUACUGAUACCUACGUCUCAUUGUACCUCUAUAGAGCUACUGGAAUGUCUCUACUGUAUUGCUACAUUCCUGUACGCCUUCAAGACUGUGAAAAGUGAUGAUGUGUGGAAUGGGCUUCAUUAUAGAUUAUUUUAUGCCUUGUACUUGUACGAAAACUCAAGGCCAGUCAGGCAGGAUGAAUUGAAAGUUGAAAAUUCAUCUCCAGCCAUCAUGGGAGAAUUUGAAACUACAAACAACAAUAAAGCUGAACAAGAAAAUUUUGCACAAAAAAGAAGUAAUGGUCCUUGA